AUGGAGGAGGUCGAGAAAGUCAAAGUUGUCGUCCGCACUCGGCCAAUUUCCGCUCAAGAAAUUAGUCAGGGCCACAAAGUGUGCGUUUCCGUCAACACGGAAGAGAAAUCUAUAUCGUUAGAAAAUUCUGCUGCUUCUCAGGAACCACAUCGAACUUUUUUCUUCGACUCCGUUUUCCCUCCAGAAUGUGAUCAAAUGCGUGUAUAUAAUGUGGCGGCUAGGCCGAUAGUGGAAAAUGUUCUUCAAGGAUACAAUGGAACAAUAUUCGCGUAUGGUCAAACAGGAACGGGCAAAACAUUCACAAUGGCUGGUGAUUUAGAUGAGCCAGAACUAAGGGGAAUCAUUCCUAAUUCUUUUGCUCACAUUUUUGAUCAUAUAGCGAAGUGUAAAGAGAACACAACAUUUCUUGUUCGCGUAUCAUAUCUCGAAAUUUACAAUGAAGAAAUAAGAGACUUGCUAGCCAAAGAAGAAAAUAUAACUAAUCUUGAGAUAAAGGAAAGAGCUGAUGUCGGAGUUUAUGUCAAAAAUUUGUUGUCUGUUACGGUGAGCAGUGCUAGUCACAUGCAGAAGAUAAUGGAGUUCGGGAACAAAAACAGGAAAGUUGGAGCCACAAUGAUGAACGUAGAAUCAAGUCGUUCACAUGCUAUGUUUACCGUAACAAUUGAGAGUUGUGAGAAUGGCCAUGUUACACAGGGAAAACUACAAUUGGUUGAUUUGGCAGGCAGCGAGAGACAAAGCAAAACAGGAGCAGCUGGGGAUCGCCUUAAAGAAGCGGCUAAAAUCAAUCUCUCUCUCUCAACAUUAGGAAAUGUUAUCAGUGCCUUGGUUGAUAGUAAAAGUACUCACAUCCCUUAUAGGAAUUCAAAGCUGACUCGCUUAUUGCAAGACUCAUUGGGAGGAAAUUCCAAAACCGUUAUGAUUGCUAAUAUUGGACCAGCUUCUUACAACUAUGAUGAAACUUUAUCAACACUCCGCUAUGCAAAUCGGGCGAAAAAUAUUCAGAACGUGGCAAGAAUCAAUGAGGAUCCUAAGGAUGCAUUGUUGCGUAAAUUCCAAUUAGAAAUUGAGGCUCUACGUAAGCAAUUAGCAGAUGAUGAACAAGAUGUAGAAGUGGGCAAUGAAGAUGAUUUCGAGAAGAAAAUGCAACAAAUGGAACAGAAUCUUGAGAAAGAGCGUGAAAUGUUAGCUGCUCGGAGCGCAGCAGAUGAUCCUGAAACUAAACGAUUAAUAGAGGAAAUGGAAGAAAGGGAACUGGAGCUAAAACGAGCACGAGCUGAACACGAAACUCUCAAAAAUAAAUUGAAUCAAAUUGAAAGCAAACUCAUUGUAGGAGGGGAGAACAUGCUCGAAAAAGCUGAAAUGCAAGCUCGACUACUUGAAGAGAGUAACAGAGAGUUAGAGGAUGCUCGAAACAAUGAAUCUCGUCUUCGGGACCAAUUAAAGGAAAAAACUGCUGCUAGAGAGGAUAUGGAAGAUAGAUAUUCGUCUCUCCAAGAGGAAGCUGUUGCUAAAACUAGGAAACUGCGUCGGGCUUGGACGGAACUGAAUGAAGCCAAGGCUGAGCUUGGUGACAUGGAAUCAGAGCAUCAAAGAGAAGUUGAGGGAUUGCUUGAAAGUAUCAGGGAACUUAGAAAGGAGUUAUUAUUGAACAUGACCAUAAUUGAUGAGUACAUUCCUCCUGAUUAUGUAGAAUUGAUAGAAAAGUAUGUUUCUUGGAACGAAGAGUUGGGCGAUUGGCAGUUGAAAGCUGUCGCCUACACAGGCAAUAACAUGAGAGCAACAGCUCCUCCUGUCAUACAGCCGUUUCAACUCGAUGGAAAUCAAACUGUUCCGCUAUUUUAUUCUUACAAAACUGAUCUCGGGGCAUCGACAACAGAUGUCCGACCUCGUACACGGAGUGGAAAGAAGGAACGCAAUGCAGCCAAGCUGAAGGCACUUCUCAAAUAA